CUCCGGCCCACACGGCCCCGGCGGUCGGGCUGUCUGUCUGAGGGCCUCACGUGUGGCCCCCCCCUCAUCGCCCGCCCGGCCGCCUCGUCGUCCGCGGGCGCGGGGCUCGCCUCCCGCCGCCGUCCCGCUCCUCCUCCUCCUCCUCCUCCUCCUCCUCUCGCUGCUCCUCCUCUGAGGACGCCGCCAUGCCCGGCGACGCGGCGCCGAAAGGAAACGGCCAGAAGAUGAGGGUGAUCCGGGUGGGCACGCGGAAGAGCCAGCUGGCACGGAUCCAGACGGACAGCGUGGUGGCGAUGCUCAAAACCUAUUAUCCGGGUCUGCAGUUUGAAAUCGUCGCCAUGUCCACCACGGGGGACAAGAUCCUGGACACGGCCCUCUCCAAGAUUGGGGAGAAGAGCCUCUUCACCAAAGAGCUGGAACAGGCGCUAGAGAGGAACGAAGUCGACCUGGUUGUCCACUCCCUGAAGGACCUGCCGACCGUCUUACCCCCCGGCUUCACCAUCGGCGCCGUCUGCAAGCGAGAGAGCCCCUACGACGCCGUCGUCUUCCACCCCAAACACGUCGGAAAGACGCUGGCCACGCUGCCGGAGAAGAGCGUGGUGGGGACCAGCUCCCUGCGCAGAGCGGCCCAGCUGCAGAGAAAGUUUCCGCACCUGGAGUUCAAGAGCAUCCGGGGGAACCUCAACACCCGGCUGCGCAAGCUGGACGAGCUGCAGGAGUUCAGCGCCAUCAUCCUGGCGGCCGCGGGGCUGCAGCGGCUGGGCUGGCAGAGCCGCCUGGGCCAGCUGCUGCUCCCCGAGGACUGCAUGUACGCCGUGGGCCAGGGGGCCCUGGGCGUGGAGGUCCGGGCCAGGGACCAGCAGGUGCUGGACCUGGUGAGCGUGCUGCACGACCCCGAAACCCUGCUGCGCUGCAUCGCCGAGAGGGCCUUCCUGCGCCACCUGGAAGGGGGCUGCAGCGUGCCGGUGGCGGUGCACACGGCCGUGCGGGACGGACAGCUCUACCUGACGGGAGGGGUGUGGAGCCUGGACGGCUCGGACAGCCUGAGGGAGACCAUGCAGACCGGCGUCGCCGUCGGCGGCGCCCAGCCGGAAGACGGGCCGGAAGACGACGUCCAGCGGGCGGGCAUCACCGCCCGCAACGUGCCCCGGGCCGCGCAGGUGGCGGCCGAGGACCUGGGCGCGGGCCUGGCCGCCCUGCUGCUGGCCAAGGGGGCCGGGGCCAUCCUGCACGUGGCCCGGCAGCUCAACGACGCCCGCUGACCCCACGCGCGGAGCCGCUCCUUGCAAAAAAGAGAAAUAUUUAAUAAACAAAAGUCCCUUGCA